GUCACAGCGUGUGCGUGCGUGUGCGUGCGUGUGCGUGAGUGUGUGCGAGGGAGGGAUAGAAAGGGGCUCAACAUGGAGACAAGAUUAGGCGAACACUGUGUACGAGUAGCGAUGUUCAGCUGAAGAACCUCACCUGCCUCCCAACCGACCACCACGGGAUUAUCAUCGUCAUUAUUAGCAUUCACUAGUAUGAUCAUUAUGCCCAGCGCCAACGUGUCCGUGAGAAGUUUAUCCGAAGUGGAGAAAUACCUCAGCAGCCGGAUGGUGAGUGUCAUGACCGGAGUACAGAGGGAAGUUCCCUGAGCAUUUCUGGGUCAAUGCGUCGUGGUUCUUCAGAGAACAAUCUGGACCUUGAGCCGAGCGAAGGCAGUCCCGGUACUGCACCGGGCUUCGAGGUCCAGCGUAGUCGUUCUUGCGUGGACGACCUUCAGCAAAAGAUCCUGAAAGUCACGGAGCAGCUGAAGAUCGAACAAACUGCCCGGGACGAAAACGUGGCCGAGUACCUGAAGCUCGUGAACAGUGCGGACAAGCUGCACGUGGGUCGCAUCAAGCAGGUCUUUGAGAAGAAGAACCAGAAGUCGGCUCAAAACAUUGCCCAAAUGCAUAAGAAGCUGGAGCAGUACCAUCGAAAGAUGAAAGACAGUGAAGUCCACCACAGCCCGUCCCGGCGCACGUCCACGGUCAAACACGUCACCUUACCCAGGGAGUCUCCCAGAGAGCUGCUGAGAGACAUGACUGGCAGUGGCCGACACCCGACCAUGGACAAGAUCAAGACCAUCGGCCCAGGUGUCUCGCUCUCCCCUCCUUUCUUCUUCAGCAAGCCCAGAGAGUUCGCCAACCUCAUCAGGAACCGGUUUGGCAGCGCUGACAACAUCUCCCACCUCAAGACCACGCUGGACGCUUCUUCUCCGCUGCCCACAGACGGUGCAGGAAAGGGGCUGAGCAGCAGCACCUCCAUGGUGGCCAAGCCCAAGGAUCUCAGCGACGAUGAGUGCUCCUCAGGUAGCGCCUCCAUCUCGGCAGACAGCAACGGGAACCCGAUGGGGGGAGGGGUGUCAGCGGGGCCGGUGCCGGGCCAGCAGGCCGGGGGAGACGGCCAGGUCGGACUCGCAAUGAGCCUGGAGGAGGUUAGGGAGAUCAAAGAGGCCCAGAGCCAGCUGGAGGAAGACAUGGAGGAGGUAAAGUCUCAGUUCAAGAGAGAGUAUGGCAUCAUCAGCCAAACACUGCAGGAGGAGAGAUACAGGUACAACCAUUUAGAAGACCAACUAAGCGACCUGACAGAGCUCCACCAGCAUGAGUUGACUUAUCUGAAGCAGGAGCUGGCCAGCAUUGAGGAGAGGGUGACCUACCAGGCUCAUGAAAGGGCCAGGGACAUUCAGGAGGCGCUUGAGUCGUGUCAGACACGAGUAUCCAAGCUGGAGCUCCAGCAGCAGCAGCAGCAGCAGACGGUCCAGAUCGAGAGCCGUGACGCCCGAGUCCUGCUGGGCAAGUGCAUCAACAUCAUGCUGGCCAUCAUUACCGUCAUCCUGGUGUGUGUCUCCACUGCGGCAAAGUUCGCGGCUCCAAUGAUGAGGAGCCGGCACCACGUAGUAGCUACUUUCCUGGGAGUUUGUUUUUUGACCAUCUUCUGGAAGAACUGGGACCGUUUACAGUAUGCCAUAGACAGGUUGCUGGGGCCUGUCUGAUAGGGAAACGUGCACACCGAUAAUAAUACUGCAGAAACAUGGACGCCUUCUGUUGUCAGGAUAGGACUGUCUAAGAGGAUUGGUUGUACAAUCGUCAGAAGACACGAUCGCCACACAUUUACAGAGGUCCGACUAAAAUGAAAUGGUUAUUGUCUAGAACUUGAAUGUGUGUUGCUAACGAUUUCCAUUUAACCUUUUAAAUAAUAUUUAUAUAACAGUGCAUUUUUUAACAUCUCCAGGCAUUGCUAUGAAUCAUCUUAAGGCAUUAAUAGUCGAUUCAAGGUUUGUGAAGAGGGGUACGCACGAGACUCACUUUUCACUCUUUUUUUUCUCAUUUUGUAUUAGGUCAAUUUCAAACUGUUGAUAGCGGACACACACACACACACACACACACACACAAAACCUUAUGGUUGGUAUCUUGUUUGCCACAGUUAUGGAUUGAGAACCUUGGAGGUAUAGUUUUGACAUUUUGGGAAACAAGCCUGUUUGCUUUCUAGUCAAAAGUUAGUUGAGCAGAUCAAUACUUUCCAUAUGUGUACAAGUGAAAGUGAAGCUACUGCCUGCAGAGUUAGCUUAGCUUAGCUUAGCAUAAUAACAAAACAGGGUGAGCCAGCAAGUGUUUCUUUGUCGAGAGUUAACUUAGCAAAAUGCAUCUACCGGCAUAACCAGUCUAUAAGUUUACACUUUUUUUGAGUCAUGUGCUGAACAAUUUCCUGUGAAUCCAGGAAACUGGUUUUUGGUUUGACAGGCAAGCUUUUCCCCCUGUUUUAGUCUAUAUGUCGAGCUAUGCUAACAGGUUACUGGUUGUAGCUUCAUAUAGCUUUCAUAUUGAGCAUAGAAACAUGAGAGUGGUAUCAAUCCUCAAAUCUAAGUUUGAAAAAAAAAAACAAGAGGCCUGUUUCCGUAAAUGUUGAACUAAUCUUUUAAAUCCACAGGGUGCAGCACGGGGGCAAUGGCCGUACUGUUUUCUUUUUAAUCCUUAUUGCCUCGACUGCUUUGUGCGGUCAGUCGUCCCUUACAUUUUUUUUCUUUCUCUUUACUGAUAUUUAAAAGUGCAAUAUAUUUGAUUUCUAAGAGCUCUGGCUUUAAGAUGUUUCUUCCACGAGCAAAGUUUUUUUUACGUCAUGUUUUACAGUGACAGGGUGCGACUGCUGUUGGGCGUCAUGGGCGUUAAGUGUCAUUAAUGCUGGUAUGAGAGAUUCAUAACCACUGAAGCUGCUGCUGGGCUCUUAUAAGACCAGCUGUCAUCUAUCUACAGGGACAAAAGUCAAUCCCACUGCGCUGGUAGCAUAGAAAUAUCAACCGCAACAAAGCCAUCUCCCCACACACACACACACACACACACCCAGAGACCCAGAUGACACACAACAGAGUCUCUCUUUAUGUCUUAAGUUUUACUAAUAAUGUGAUUGAGAGAUGUGUUCUACUGUGAUACAGGGCAGAUUUUUGCAGAAGAAGCAACGAAGAGCCUUCACUACGCAUGUCUGAUCACAGAGGUGAUGAAAAACGAGCCAAUUUUUUGACCGAUCGAUGUAUUGUUUUGUGUUUGUCUUACGAACAUGGCCUAUUAUGAUCUCAAGUGAAGCUACGGACCACUUUUUAAAUGUUUGUCUGACGUAACAUGUUUGUAAUGUUUGUUGUCUACUGAUUGUGUCAUAUCUUUUGUUUUAAUCAUGUUAUGAUAUAUUUGAGGGUGUUUUACCUACAGAUCUGGUUUACAUUCUCUUUUCGUCUGUGGUGCACUAAGCGAUCGAUUAGUUGAAUUUUCAUGCAUUACGUGCCUUUUGUCUGACACUUUCUCUUAAAUUAAACAAUACUUUUUAAUCAACUUGCAA